AUGCGGCGACUCCAGCGCUGUUUAAAUCAUGCAACGGUGGCGCUGCUUGCGGUGGCGGACGCGGGCGCGACACGCCAGCGUGGCCUGGCGGGCGUGGCCCCGGCGGCGCGGCGCCUCCGGCACCGCAACCCGCGCCUGCACGCACUGCUGGGCGUGGGCGGCUCGCGCCUGCCCGCCGCCCUCACCGACGCCCUGCUGCAGUCGCCCGAGAAGCGCGCGCGCCUGGCGGCCAGCGUCGGCAACGCGCUGCGCCACGCUGACCUGCAGGGCCUGGAGCUGCAGCUGGCGUGGGGGCCCGCGCCGCGCCCCGCGCGUGACGCCAAGGCCUCGCUCGUCGGCCUGCUCAAGGCUCUGAGGUACGAGAUCGACCAGGAGAGCGACCUGUUACUUGAGCGGGGAAAGCGCGCCUACGACGUCUCCGAGAGCAUCCUUGAAGACUACACCACCAGCGAAUGGACGCCCACCAGGCCUGACGGAUCGUCGCUGCGCAUCCAGCGGCGUCGCUCCACCACCACCACUUCCACUUCCACGUCGACCGAGGACAGCGCGCUGGGCGGCGACGCGCUCAACUACCUGGCGUUGGAGCGCGCGGGCCAAGGACGGCGCUUGCUGCUGCUGCGGCUGCCCCAGGAGCCCGAGGUGCUCGUCAAGCGCUUCGACUUCAAGAACAUCUCAAAGUACGUUGACUACAUGACGGUGCCCACCGACAACAUCACCGACUCCACUGAGCGCGGCGUCACCUACCACCCCAGUCGGCUGAUGGGCAUCUCCGACCUUCUCAAUACGGACUCUAUGCUGGAUCUGCUGACGGGACUGGGUGCACCGCACUCGCUGCUUAUCAUCACGGUGCCCGGCGCCGCGGCGAGCUUCACGCUGCAAGACGCUGCCCGCAACACCCCGCGUUCUGCCGCCGUCGCCGGACCCGAAUCCAUCCCGCAGACGCAGAGCAAGUACGUGCUGGUACGCGGCCUCGCUGGCGCCGCGCUGCGCGCCGUGGACGACGAGGACUGGACGGGCGCGUGCGGCCGCCUUCACGAGGGCCUGCGCGCGGCCGCGUCGCUUCUGCGCAUCAUGCACCGCCACUUCACGCAGCUGGCCCGCAAACCCCGCGCCGCGCUGCUCGCCGCCCUCGAGGAGGAGGUGCACGAGGCGGCCGCCGUCAGCUACUCCGGUGAGCGGCCGCCCCUUGCCCGCGCCCACGCCCGCGCGGACUGAGGGCGCCACGUCGGCCGCACUUCCCACACCCUCACUACGAAGGUCCCUACCCCUCGACUUUGCUUUUCUCCUCAAUAGGCUCUUCCCUUCAACAAUACUCUUCUCUUCAUCCAUACAGACCCUCCUCUUCAACCAUACUGUUCCUCCCCUUCAACUAUACAUUAUAUCCUCAAAAGAGGAUAGCCCCCCUUACAAUUUUUCCUCGAAAUAACAGUGGCUUCCCUUCCACAUUAGAGUUCCGUCCCCUUUGCACCAUCCCCCCCCCAAGGCAACAUCCUCUUACCCACAUAGCAUUCUACCAUCAUCUACCCAAUUCCUCUCAUUCCACCUCCUCUUCUUGCUAAUAUUUUGUCAAGUUAGUAUCAAGUUGAUUGUUCAUAAAGCUGCCUUUACGCCCAUUGAUGAAAAUUCGAAUAAAGCCUGUGCGAAGAUGUGCAGACAUCUGGUCGAAGAAUUUCAAAGACAAAUGCGAAAUUAUUAAGUCAGCAGCAUUUUCACAAUUACAAAACAGAAAAAUAUAUAAAAUACAUUUAUAAUAUUCGAUAUUAAAUUAAAGUUGUGUUGAAGGACAUAAUAUAUAAUAAAAUUUAAGCACAACUCGAAUUUUAAUUUUGAAUUAAGUACGAAUGUCACCUUUCUUAAAAUGUAAAACACUUUUGAGCUGAGUGAAAAAUAGAAAAUCAGUAUGUUAAAUAAGUGAAUUUUAAACUAGUUCACGAAAUAUUUUAUUUAAAAUGUAAUAGUAAAUGAUAUUUUCAUGUUACAAAUCAAUACAAAUGCCGGAUUCAUUAAGUGAUGAAUACUAAAUUUGUAGUAAAGAAUAAUGAAUAAUGAGUAAGUAGUAUUACGUUAGUUUCAGAUAUAUUUGAUCGAAA